GGCAGUGCAGCCGUGUCUUCCCUCCCCAGCUCGGCACACUGCGGAUCAUUCACGGCAACGGCACGGCUCUGGGGACGGUGAUAACGUUCCAGUGCUCUGCCGAGCACCAGCUGGAGGGACCAGCUGUCAUCACCUGCAUCUGGAAAGAGAACAGUACCCAGUGGACAGCUGGAGUACCCUCCUGCAAGCCUAUAUCAAAAUAUGAGACUUUUGGGUUUAAGAUCGCAGUGAUUGCCUCCAUCGUGAGCUGUGCCAUCAUUCUGCUGAUGUCCAUGGCUUUUUUAACUUGUUGUCUUAUCAAGUGUGUGAAGAAAAGUGAAAGGAGAAGGACUCAAAGAGAUAUGCAGCUGUGGUAUCAGCUCAGAGCUGAAGAACUAGAGCACAUGCAAGCUGCUUACUUGGGUUUUAAGGGAAGAAACAAUAACAACAACAAUAAGAAACUCAGGAAUAAAUCUGUAUUUGAUAAUGUGAAUAAUAUGGCAUAUGACAACCAAGGCUUCUGCAGGUUCCAGGAGGAGUGGACUCGAGAUAUGGUAGCUCCUGGAUGUUGCAAAGACAAUCAUCAUCUGCCUAAGUUACCGAAGAGCAGCAGUGGAUGUGUAAAACAAGCUGUACCAGGACACAGCACUGUGGUAGAGACAGUGAAUUCAAUACAUGUCAUCGAAGUCUAUGGACAUAAGGACAGUUAUAACAAACUGAGCUGUCAGAUACCUGAAUAG